GGGAAGGGAUAGGAGAGAGGGAGGGAGAGAGAAAAAGGAAGCUCUCCGAUAAGUUUUUGUGUAUUUCUCCAAAGUUACACAAACCAAAGGUAUGAUUGGAGGACUUCUGAGGAUCGACAUGCUGAAGCGAGAGAUCUGAAGGGGAGGACGGACACCAGUUUGUUAGCAGUUGUGCACAACUGAUGACCACAUAAAAUAUUAACAGUUUGUAAGGCCUUGGGCCUCGAGUAACUGUAGAGAGAUCCUGGACAGAUAGAAAAAGAGACAAUGUCUUCUGACUUGGACUCCAGUCUCACCAGCAUAGACUGGCUGCCCCAGCUGGGAAUCAGCAGCCUGCGCUCGGGUAAAGAGAGAGGAGGAGGGGAGAGGGACAAGAAGAAAGACAGAGGGAGGGAGAGGGGAGACUUCAUACCCCUUGUGCCGGACCCCUCCUCUGCUAACUGUAAAGGGAAACCCCCUCACAGCUACGCCACUCUCAUUGCCAUGGCAAUAGCAGCUGCACCUGAGAGGAAGUUGAGUCUGAAUGACAUCUACACCUGGAUCAGUGACACUUUUCCUUAUUACAGCCGAGCAGGCCGUGGAUGGAAGAACUCCAUUCGGCAUAAUCUGUCCCUUAAUAAAUGCUUCAGGAAAGUCCCUCGGCCGCAGAAUGACCCUGGCAAGGGUUCCUAUUGGACAAUGGAUGGACCUGCAGAGGUCAAUCAAGUGAGGGCACCCAAACGUCCCUAUCCAGAAGAGGAAGAGGAGAGGCUGGAUGUUCCACGAGCACCAGAGAGAGAGCCCUCCCCUCAUCACCCACAACCAACCCCCCACACAGACCACCAGCUUCUUAAGGCAGAGCCACUGGGUGCCAUCCAGCAACAAUCGCCCCAUCCUGCCUCCCUCUCUCCUCCUCCAUGCAAGCAACAGUCCCCCUACAUGCCAUCUCCCGUCUCCAGUCUCACUGUCCCUCAUCCGUCUGUCUCUCCUGCAGCGGGGCUCCCACCUGCUGCCUCAAUGUCUUCCAUCAACUCUUUCCCUCCUCCACAUCCACCAGGCCCCGUUUUUUCCAACCCCACUGUCUCUGCUACACCUCUGCCUGUUAUCAAUAUUUCUACAGAUGACACUCUGUCCUUUCCUACUAAUUCAAGGCACGAAUCUGUUUCCACUUUCUCCGGUGCUUCGAACUCUGUGCCGGUGCCUGUUUGCACCGUGUCGGGACACACUCACUCCUCUGUAUCUGUUGCCCUUCCCUCUGCCGUCCCCUCAUCUAUCACUGCCCCUCCUGUCUCAUUAAACUCCUUUGCUGAUCUCCCGCUCCGUUUCACCUUUGAUGAGCUGAACUUGCCAGACUUGUACGCAUCUUUCAAGUCUCUAGUUAAGACUAUGCGGGAGAGAGGGGGCUCACAGUCGGAUGUUGCUCCCCUGGCUGUGCCGAGCAGCGACAUUACCCCACUCCACACUCCAACUCUGCUGCCAAUGUCUCCUCACCCUGCAGCUGCACCACCUGCAACUGCACCGCCUGCAACUGCACCGCCUGCAACUGCACCACCAGCGGCUGCACACCCUCCUGAUACAGACCGUCUUUCGCAGUGCACGGUGCCAGCUGACUGGUUCAGUAAUCCAGAUUCUCUGAAGGAGAGCUUCCGCAUCGCCAGCAAUCUAGACUGGGCAAACAUAGACCUCACUGGUCACCCAGACCUGCUGGAGAGCAUGCGUCAGGCGGAGCUGUGUGACUGGGCACUGGACCCGGCACUCUUUACUUCCCUCUGUGAUUCUCUGAACCGCUUCUUCACUCAAAGGGGCAUGAUCAAUUCUGGGAAUAACUCCCCGCUGGCCCUCGGCAUCCCUCACUCCUUACAGGUCCCACCAUUCUCCUCCAAUCCACCUCCUACUCUCGCCAGCCUCACCCACCCCUCGCCCCUCCCCUACUCUCCCACAGUACCCCCAGCCAAUGGAGCACAGCUGCCUCGGAGGGCUCUGCAUAUGCAGGGACACAGCCUCCAGAGACCCCAGAUGACACAGCAUGCAAACACAGCCGCUGGGAUCCAGCCUCAGACUAUGGCACCACGACACCGUCCCCCAUUAAAGAGUCUCCACAGCAACAGCGAGGAGAUCCAGGACGACUUUGACUGGGAUUCUCUACUCGCUUGACCCCCUCUCGCUGUCUGUUGGAGAAAAGACAACAGAACUUCUCAGAGAAAUGUGACUCUUCACAGCCGUCUACACUAAACUCUAUGCAGAGGCUGCCUCACUGUCGUGCAUCUUGAAGCUUCUCUGACAGCAAGUUUGGGAUCAAGUUUGUCGCAUAUGACUGAACAUUGUAUUCUGAGGUUAAACAUUUUUUUUAUCACCUUCAUUCAAAUUCAUAUGCUGUAAUCGCUUUUGUUUUGCUUAUAUUCUGCAGGUAAUUGGCAGGGUGAUGUUUUCUGUUGGAUUGUAGAUUUAUAAACUUGUUCACCAAAGAAAAUAAAAAUGUAAAUUUAUUCUCGUCACAUUAUUGUACUCAGUAAAGAUUUCAUAUACGGGCAGCAUGAAACAAGCCAAACACACAUCCUGUGUUUUUUUUUGUUUGUUUUUUUUUUUUAUUUCAUAAAUUUCUUUAAUUUUUUUCCAUUUUACUUUUCAAAUGUGAAUGUUCACAGUCAACACCACACAAAGUUCAACCUUACCCGAUAAAAGAGAUUUUUUCUUGUUGAUAUAAAAUAACAAUAAAUUCAUCAAACUAAAUUAAAAGAACAGCAUGGAGCAUGUCAUCAA